AUGACUCCGUGCGGCGCGUGCAAGUACCAAAGACGGAGGUGUGGGCAGUACUGCCUGCUGGCGCCAUAUUUCCCGGCGGAGAAUAUUCAGCAGUUCGCGUACGUGCACCACGUGUUCGGCGGGGGCAACGUAAGCAACAUUCUGAAGUCAACGAAGCUGGAGAUGCGAAUGUGGGUGGUAAGGGCGCUGGCGUACCAGGCGGAGGCGCGUGUGAGGGACCCGGUGCACGGGUGCGUGGGGGUGAUACGGGAGCAGGAGGAGAAUCUCCGAAUCCUGAAAGAGAAGCUGGAGAAGGCCCAAAGGGAACUGGCCCAAUACUUGGGCCCUGAGGUUGUGCGAAAGCUGAGUCCCAGAUAUGACGGUCCCUCUGUCACCGUUGAUGAUGUUGAUCUUAGCUCUCCGGAUCCUUUUCCGUCUUGGGAACCUACUUCCCCCCAUGCUGCUUCUUCUUCGCGGAUGCACCCACCACAUUCUGACGCUGGCAAUGUCAAGGGUAAGAGUGUUGCUCCUCCUUCUUGA